AAAACCCACCUCCCCACGCAGCCCUGGGUCUUAUCAGGGUACCUCAGCGAAAACCUGGCCGUUGGAUUUUGGCGAAUCCUCAGUCGCAGCCUCAGACGUCAGUUCAUAUGUGGCGUCAGACCCGGGCGCACGUGUGUCGCCGACGCCGGACGAAGACAUAGACCGCUGGCUGGAGAUGACGUCGGAGCCUGUCCCACAGCCUGCCCUUGCAACGCUGGCUCCCUUGGCAGAGAUCGGAUCUCCCGGAGUCGGCCCUUUGGGUGCCACUGAUGGCGCUGUACUUUCGUCUGCACCGGAAGAGGGUGUUUCCCUCGUCGCUCAGCCAGAUCAAAAACCCGCCACGCCACGCAGCCCUGGGUCUUAUGAGGGCACCUCAGCGGUAGCCUCGCCCCUGCAGCGCUGCGAGUCCUCAGCCUCAGACGUCGCUUCAUGUAUCACAUUUGCCGAAGGCGCUCCUUCGUCGCAGACGCUGGGAACA